CGCGCCUUCCCUCAGGGAGGUGGUGGGUUGUUUUUGGGGGGGCAAGCGCGCAGCUUUCCUCCUACCCCGUUCACCCCGCCUCCUCCCGCUGCCACAGCCAAUCAGAGCGCCCCGCUGGGGGAGGCUCGCGCUGCGGGCGGGGGCGCGCUCGCUCGCUCAGGUUUCUCGUCCCUCCCGCUUCCCUUUUCUUCGUCAAUCGGGCGCGUUCCCGGCGCUCCUGGAGUUGCCUUCCUGUCCUCCGCCUCGGCAGUCGGUGGCGAAGCCGGGGAAGGAGCGGCCUCGCGGAAGGGACUCGCCUUAGCCGCCCCUCAGGCCGCCCGUCAGUCGCUGCUCCCCAUCCCGCCGCCCCCAUGUCUGCCCCGCUGAAGAAGGGCCCCGGCGGGAUAAUUGGGUUCGUGAAGGACGCCUUGCAGCCGCACCACCACCACAACCUCGGGCCCAACCAGCCCGGAAUGGUGGACAAGAAGAUGGUCGAGAAAUGCUGGAAGCUCAUGGACAAGGUUGUGCGUUUGUGUCAGAACCCCAAGUUGGCACUAAAAAACAGCCCACCCUACAUUCUAGACCUGCUUCCUGACACUUAUCAGCAUCUACGAACUAUCCUGUCACGCUAUGAGGGGAAGAUGGAGACUCUAGGAGAAAAUGAAUACUUCAGGGUGUUCAUCGAAAACCUGAUGAAAAAGACAAAACAGACGAUCAGCCUCUUUAAAGAAGGAAAAGAGAGAAUGUAUGAGGAGAAUUCGCAGCCUAGGCGCAGCCUUACAAAACUGUCCCUGGUCUUCAGCCACAUGCUAGCAGAGCUGAAAGGUAUUUUCCCAAGUGGACUCUUCCAGGGAGACACAUUCCGGAUCACAAAGGCAGAUGCAGCAGAGUUCUGGAGAAAAGCUUUUGGAGAAAAGACCAUUGUCCCAUGGAAGACCUUCCGCCCGGCCUUACAUGAAGUACAUCCUAUAAGUUCAGGGCUAGAGGCCAUGGCACUGAAAUCUACCAUUGAUCUGACGUGCAAUGAUUACAUUUCAGUGUUUGAAUUUGAUAUCUUUACCCGUCUCUUUCAGCCAUGGUCAUCUUUGCUCAGGAACUGGAAUAGCCUUGCAGUGACUCACCCUGGUUACAUGGCAUUCUUGACAUAUGAUGAGGUCAAAGCGCGACUUCAGAAAUUCAUUCACAAACCUGGCAGUUACAUUUUCCGUCUGAGCUGUACACGACUUGGUCAGUGGGCAAUUGGUUAUGUCACCGCAGAUGGAAAUAUUCUCCAGACGAUCCCGCACAACAAACCCCUUUUUCAAGCACUGAUUGAUGGCUUCAGGGAAGGGUUUUACUUAUAUCCUGAUGGACGGAAUCAGAAUCCCGACCUGACUGGUUUAUGUGAGCCCACACCCCAGGAUCACAUUAAAGUUACACAGGAACAAUAUGAAUUGUACUGUGAGAUGGGCUCCACCUUCCAGCUCUGCAAAAUCUGCGCAGAAAAUGACAAAGAUGUGAAGAUAGAACCCUGUGGCCACCUCAUGUGCACUUCCUGCCUCACAUCAUGGCAGGAAUCAGAAGGCCAGGGUUGUCCAUUCUGCCGAUGUGAAAUUAAAGGCACAGAGCCCAUUGUUGUUGAUCCGUUCGAUCCCAGAGGAGGGGGAGGGCUACUGCGGCAAGGUGCUGAGGGGGCUCCCUCCCCGAACUAUGAUGAUGAUGACGACGACAGGGCCGAUGAAUCACUCUUCAUGAUGAAGGAACUGGCUGGUGCAAAGGUAGAGCGUCCUCCUUCUCCAUUUUCAAUGGCUCCACAGGCUUCACUCCCUCCAGUACCUCCACGAUUAGACCUUUUACAGCAACGAGUCUCUAACCCACCUGGAGCUUCAAGUCCAGGGACAACCUCUAAGGCUGCACCUGGCUCCCUUCACAAAGAUAAACCUUUGCCGAUCCCUCCAACACAUCGAGAUCUCCCACCUCCUCCUCCACCAGACAGGCCGCAUUCCAUUGGGCCAGAGAGUCGGCCUCAGAGGCGGCCCCUGCCCUGCACACCUGGAGAUUGUCCUACCAGGGAUAAGUUACCCCCCGUGCCUUGUAACCGGCAGGGGGAGCUCUGGCCUCCGCGACCAAUUCUGAAAGCUCCAGCUAUAGCGCCAAGCCCUGGUGAGCCUUGGGCAAGUCGGGAGUUGACAAACCAGCACUCGCUUCCUUUCUUGCUGCCUUCUCAGAUGGAUGCCAGAGGUGAUGCUCACAGGCAUGGGAGUACUCUGAGCCUGGACACCACGGCAGACCAACCCAGCGGGGCCUCAGCUGGCUCGGACAGUGAACAUUCUAAAAUAAAACCUUCUUCUUCUGCCAAUGCCAUCUACUCUCUUGCUGUAAGGCCUUUGCAUGUGCCAAAGCUACCACCUGGAGAGCACUCGGAAAAUGACGAGGAUACAGAGUAUAUGUCACCAUCAUCCUUGCCCCUUGUGGUCCCUGGCUGUGCUGUCCAAAAGCCAGAGGCCAAAUUGUCCUUGGAAACGAGUCAGAGUUCACGAGCGUUGGAGUGUGACCAGGAAAUAGACGGGUGUACCUAUGAAGCAAUGUUCAACAUCUACUCCCAGACAUCCCCUUCUGGCUCUGAGGCUGCCAUUAUUUCUGGUGGAGGGGAUACAGCUGCCGCCAAUGCCAGCAAUGGCCCUGAGGAGUUGGAGAAUGAAGAAGAUGGUUAUGACGUGCCCAGAACAGCCGUCCCUUUGACUCUGGCUCGCCGCACACUCUCUGAUAUCUCCAAUGCAGCCUCUGCCUUCAGCCGGGCCUCCCUGGAUGGGGAAGUUCUGACAGGUUUCUCUGAUGGCUCCCAGGUCCCAGAGAGGCCUCCUAAACCUUUGCCUCGGAGGAUAAACUCUGAACGGAAAGCCGGCAGCUGCCUACAAGGCAGUGUACCAGGGCCGGCCCCUGCUACCUCCCCGCAGCUCUCUAGCGAGAUCGAGAACCUCAUGAGCCAAGGCUACUCAUAUCAGGACAUCCAGAAAGCCCUAGUCAUUGCCCAUAACAAUAUUGAUAUGGCAAAAAAUAUUCUCCGGGAAUUUGUCUCCAUUUCCUCCCCCGCCCAUGUGGCCACAUAGCACAUUCCCUGGCCCUGCCUGGGACACCCCUGUGCAUCAACCUGCCUGGGCAGUCUCCUGCCCAGCUCUACCUGGAGGAGGUAACAGGCUCCACGAGAGACUUCCUGCGAAGGCAGGCCUGCCUCUACAGAGAAUCGGUCAUCAGGGUUUCAUGCAAUUCCAGGUUUCAAAGCGAACGGAAUGAAAUGGAGCAGAUAGGUGUGUCCUCUACCGUCUGUGUCUUUUGGAGUCUCCUUCCUUUGCUCCCUCCGUCCUGCACGUUCUAGUUUGAGAGAACAGAUGUGUUGCUUUUAAAAGACCUCUUGGUUCCUUUCUUGGUGGACAAGGGGGGGAGGCUUGGGGGCUUGCUGGGAUGUAUGUUGUGCUGUGAAUUCAAACUGGAUGCCAAUGUGUUGAACGGCAUCUCCACAUUUCUCAUGGUGUGCCCUCCUGUGGUUCAGGGUACUGAAUUUGGGCCUCUUUGCUGCUGUAUGAUAUGGCUCAGGCUUUUUAGACCACCUGCUACUGAGUAUAGAUUCUUGACUAAGGAAGUGGUUUCAGUAGCUUCCUUCUGCUACAACAUCCUUCCCCCUGCCCCAUUUGUUCUGAUUGUUCCCUUUCUACAUCUGCAAUCAUUCUGGCUCCUCUUUCUCAGUUGGACUCCUCCUGUUGACAGCAUUACUUGCCACACACUGGAUUCUAAGGCAUUGUUGAUGCAACACUUCUCACCUGCACUUGUGGUGUUGGUGAUGGCAGAAUUGGGUGCUGCUGAGCUUCCCCUGAGUGUUCUGUGCUGUUGUGCUUCUGUGUAAUCCAGAUUGUGGAGGACUGGAGCAGCUACAUUGUAACACUCCUGACACUGUUGCUGGUCAACGUGGCAUGUUGACUUAGAGGCAUCUAGAAGCCUUGUGGCUGUCAGAUUCCGCCCUUCCUCUAGUUCUUUGUGUUGGGCUGCUUCUGCAUUAAUAUGGACAGCAGCAUUCAGCAUUCAUGGAAAUAUUUUUUACCAACUCAGCAUUCAAAAUGCAACAACUCUGCAGGGCUUUUGUGAAAUGAUGUGAAAGGUCGGGGCAGAGGUUCUUCCUGCUCGUUACAUUAAAAAAAAGUUCAGGUUCUUUUGUCAUACAACAGGACAGAUGAAACUGUAAAGGGGGGGGGAGAAAAGAUUAGUGUCACUUUUGCAAGGCCAUUUAAUGAUGCCCUUGUUUACAUUUUAAGCUCUCGGGGUUUGUGGCAGGUUAAUGGAGGUUUAGAAAGAGAUGGAUUUGGGUCUUGACAGCCACAGUCUGGCUGAUGGACGGACAUUUUCCCUCAUCCAGGCGCUUCCCAAGCCUUCCCAACAGUCUCCCCAAUUACAGCAUUAGCCACAACAUGAAGGUUUAUACCUCAAAAUAAAUUGCAUGUUUGGUUUUUCCUGCAGUUGCCCUGCUUAAGUAGCACUGGCUCCUCUCACAGGGGUCCAUUUUCCACUAGAAGAGGGGCCCUAGGGAGAGGCUGCUUAUGUGGAACGUGUCUCUCUCUCAACAGCCUUACCUAUCCCCUUGCACUUGCACCCCCGGGAAAUAACUGCAGAGCAUGCCAGAGAUGGCACCUAUUUGUUCAGGUGCUGUGAAUGGUGGCUGGCUGGCAUGGGUUUUAAUUGCCAGCAGUGCUGUUUGCAUGGCACACUAUGAAGAUUUGAAGACUGGGAGAAGUUAACAGUUGCUUGCGUGUGCAAAAGCCAAGCUGCUGACUUGGCAGCUGCACCCCUUGUCUGAGCCUUUUGCUGCUCCACGCAGGAGCUGUCUGACGCUGUGGGACAGACAGUGUCAGUGUCAGUCCGAUUUUGCUGCUUUCGUGUGGAGCACUGUGAAGAUUUUCACCUAGGAGGUCUUGGCUACAGUGUGCUUUGGAGCCUUUGGAGGUGCUGAUGGCAUUUAGGAGCAGGUGAACAAAGGUAGAGUUGUGGCCAGGCAGUUUAAGAAUCAAGGGACUUGCACUUUUCUACGCAGUAUGGAAAGUUGGAAACACCAUUGGACACUCCUCUUGGAUAUUUCUCCCCAAAGUGGCUGCUGACUCCACAUCUGGUUUGGAGCCAAUUUGAUGAGGACUAGCUCUUUGCAAUGCUGAUUUCCCAGUUACCUGGGGAAGCUGCUGGUAUUGUACUGGAGGCUUUGUUGCAGCCAGCCUUAAUGACUGCCUUUGUGCAAAGCAGCAGAACCAAUUUGCCUCUGUAGAUGGGCCACAUGUGAGACAUUCUCCAUACUCUUGAGCAGGAUCAUCCUUGGUUUGAGAAGCCUUUUGCCUGUUGGGACCAUUCUGUGGACUAGGCAACUGUGGGCAAGCCUUGUAGCCUGUACCGCUGAUCAUACCCUACUCCAUGUGUCCUUUUUGUCCACAUCUUGUGUCUUACACUUACAGGAGAGAACUUUCACAUGGCGCUUUCUCCUUGAACCACAUGAAUGUCUUUGUUUGCAAGCACAAGGGAGGUAAAGCGAAAACGCUUCCUGGGAUGUGUUCCCUGCUGCUUUUAAUUUUUUUACCUUACUCCAUUAUUUUUCCUGUCUCUUGAUAUGAAAAAGGUCAGCUUAAUUAACUUAAAGCCAAAUGCAUAGUGCCUUUUGAUGGGGAAAAUGCUGUAUCUCCUACCUUGAGUCUGAAGAAGACAGAAUUUAAAAACUUGACCAGAGAAAACCGUGGAGCUGCUCCUUGAAAGGAGAAAGCUGUCGCCCCAAAGCUGACGUGGUGGUGUGUAGUUCAGCCCAAGCGGGCUUUCCUUACCUGUGCCCCAUUACUGUCGGUGAGUUGCCCAUGUUGCUUGCUGCCCUACGACUUGAAGGCAGUGCAACUCUGAUACAGGAUUUAAACACAGCCAGUUGAUUGUGUGGGCCAUCCAAACAAUCGCAACACUUGUGCCGUUUGUGUUUUUUAAAACAGAACAAAGUGCCCCAGAUACAGUAUAAGACUGGGAGCAAAAUACAGCUGCAUCUUCAGGCACAUGUCGGGAUCUGUCUUGUGCCAAGUUUCCUGUCACCUUCAGGGGCACUUGUCUGCAGGUGCUGUGGGGAUGGAGGGCCAUCUGCCAGGAAUCCUGUCUUGGCCAGAGUGCUGUUGAGGUUCCUAUUUAUUCCCAUGUGCAGUUGAGCAAGGAGUUUCCUGUGGAUUUUUUCCUGAAGUAUUAGAUGUUCAGUGCCUGUUCAGUUUGCUGAUGUUCAGGUGGUUUUUUUUACAAACUCUGCAUCCCUAUUUUAGAGCUGCACCUGUAUUUGGGGAAUUGGAGUGUGGCUUUAUGAAUGUCACCUUGCAGCCAAUUCUGGAGCAGUGUAACUUGCCGUUGGUGGCCAUGCUAGCCCACUAAUGUAAAGUAGGGCCCCACUCAUACGGCAGGUUCUGUUCCAGGCUCCUGCCAAAAAGUGAAAACCGCCUGAAAGUGGCACCCUACUCAGCUGUAGCGCGUGAACUCCCCGCCCUACAGCUAAUCGCACCAUCAGCUGUAGUGCAGGGAGCUCCAGCUGACGGGGAUCAGCUGUAGCAUGCAAGCUUCCCGCACUACAGCUGAUUGCGCGCUCCAGCUGAUGAGCUGGAGUGCAGGGAGCUCUCGUGCUCCAGCUGAUCCCUGUCAGCUGGAGCGCGGUGGCUGGAUCACCCUGAGCUACAGCUGAUCGCCCCACUGGCGCCACCAUGUUAGCGGAACGCCGACAAGCAGGGCCCUACUGUACAACUACUGUUCUUGCGACUAAAACUGCAAGGGGAAGGGGAUUAGAAAGCUCAACUUAUAAAUUACCUUUGGGUGGAAGAGAGGAAUAAAUGGUAGCUUUAUUUCUCCUGAAGGUUGAGAACCAAUUUUAAUAUCAGUGUUAAUUUUUUUCAGAUUUUCACUGACUAUUUUAAAAGUUAUAAUAAUGUCAUUAAUAUAAAAAUAUAUUAGCAGUAUUUAAUCCUUUCAGACCUGUAAAGAAUAAGAACAGAAGGUAAAUAUUCUUACAGAGUAGCUGAGCUUUAAGGUUCAUUUGGUCUAGUCCUCAUUUUGUUCCGCAAAUGCAUUGUUAAUGUUUUAGAAGUUAUACUAAUGUUAUUUAUUUUUCAUUCUUGUAAGCUGCCCACAAAAGAGCUUGUGGAGGGUGGG